CUCAUAACCAUUCACAUUCAGAAAACUACUACACAAACCAAACACAAGUUCAAACAUCAUAAAAAAAACAUCAAAAGAAAAACCGUACAUAAUAUAAUAUCCUUGUUCUUGUUUUUGUAACACCAACACCAAAACAAAACAUAGUAUAUAAUAUCCAUCAUCAUCAAUGGCCUCUGGACAAAUAUCUCGCAAGGAAAACAUCACAACCGAGAGAAAGAUUCCCGGCGAGAAAGACAAUGUUCCUGAGAUGACAACCCGCGUCGAGCAUCUUUCUGUGAAAGAGAAAGAACUACCACAGGGGACUGUAGAAGCAUCAAAAGGUGGUGCAAUGAACAAAGAUCGUGCAGGGAAAGCUAUCGGAAAUGCGGGUGAAAGAGGAAGAGUAAGAGAAGGCCAUGAACUCGGACCAAACUUUCAGUCUCUCCCAGAUCGCAACGAGAAUCAAAGUCACCUUGAUCGUGGACGUGUUCCUGUGAGUGCCAAUGUAGCAGAAAACAGAUUAGGAGAGAAUGCUACAAGAGAAAAACUCAAUAACCGUACCAGAGUGGUUACUGGAACACCACAGGUUAAGGAACAAAAUAGAGCCUUAGGAAAAGGGCAAGUUGUGGCAGAGAGAGGAGGUAAAAUAGUGGAUUUAGAAGCAAGGGAGGGUGAAGAGGAGUUUGGUAGAGGAAGGGUGGUUGGUGCUGAAAAUCAAGAUGCGAUAUUGGAAAAAAAUGUUGCUGCUGAGGAAAAAGAGAGAGCAAGAGAAAGAGCAAAAGAAGCAACAAAAGAAACACUGAAUAAUACAGCACGAGCAGCACAAGAGAAAGGAGCAAAAGCAAUGGAGAAAGCUGCACAAGCCAAGGACGCAACUGUUGAUUCUGCAAAAACUGCGGCAGAGAAAGCAGCACAGGCCAAAGAUGCAACUGUUGAGAAAGGCCAGCAAGGUUAUGAGGCAACCAAAGACACGGUUUCAAAUGCUGCAAAAACUGCGGCGGAGAAAGCAGCACAAGCCAAAGAUGCUGCGGCGGAGAAAGGUCAGCAAGGUUACGAAGCAACCAAAGGCACAGUUUCAAAUGCUGCAAAAACAGCGGCUGAGAAAGCAGCACAGGCUAAAAAUGCAACUCUUGAAAAGACACAACAAGGUUAUGAAGCAACCAAAGACACAGUUUCAAAUGCUGCAAAAACUGCAGCAGAUUAUGUUACUCCUGCUGCGGAGAAAACAAAGUCUGCGGUUGUUCAGGCAAAGGAUGUUACAGUGGAGAAAGGGAAGACUGCUGCUGAAAUGGCAGGGAAAGCUGCUUCUGUUGCGGGGUGGACAGCAACACAUUAUGCAACACAGCUGACCGUGGAUGGAACUAAGGCUGCGGCGAGUGCUGUCCAAGGAGCUGUUGGAUAUGUUGCACCAAAGGCUUCUGAGCUUGCUGCAAAGUCGGUAGAAACCGUGAAAAAUUUGGCUGCUUCUGCUGGUGAGAAUGCUAAGGAGUUUACUGCUAGGAAGAAGGAUGAAUCAUGGCGUGAAUAUGAGACUCAAAAGCCUUCUCAACCUCAGGAAGGUGAAGAAGUCUUGCCAUCAUCAGAAGGUACCGGCAAAAAUGUGAGCAACUAUACAGAAAAAGUGAUUACUCCAAAAGUGGUACCAGGUGAAGAAAGAACUCAAGCAUUAGGAACUAAUCUUCAAGAAAAGGGUAGAGGAAGCAAUGUGAUACCAAACAGUACUGGUGAAACUGAAACUGUGGAAAAUGUUCUUGAGAAGGGUAGAGGAACUAAUGUGAUGCCAAACACUGGUGAAACUGAAACUGUGGAAAAUGUUCUUGUGAAAGAGAAAGGAAAGGGAGGUGAGAAAAUAGAAAGGAAAGUGUUAGAGAAGAAGAAUGAAGGAGGAAGUGAUGAUGUAAAGAUAGCUGUCACUGAAACUAAGUGAAGUUGGAAAUAAAAUGGCUAAAUCUGCAGAUAAUAUUAAUAAUAAAGUGAGGAACAUGGUGAACUAUUUUGGGGAUGGUUAUAUGUUGAUAAAGAAUGUUUUAAGAUUUCAGUUUCUGUAAAUUAAUGUGUUAAGUGUUUUGUUAAAUAAAUGUUUGUUGAAUUAUAUAAGUGAUUUCAUCUUCUUGAUUAA